AUCGCUUUCAAUGGAGGUUUCCACAAUAAAAUAUUAAAGAAUUCCAAAUAAUUAAAUGCUUUUCAAAAAUCAAUAUGCUUUACUUGCUCAUGGCUUCAUUAUGUUUCAGAAUUUUUUUCUCUUAACACAGUUAUUUGAGUGGAUUUAGUCGGACUUGCACCAAGGUGGUCUUAUAAUUCCAGUAUACAACGAGCAAAAAAUAAACGAAGAAUAAGUCCCGUAGCAACUAAGCUUCACAUGCAAAUCACAUAAUGCAAAAAGCUCGCCCACGAAUUAAUAAAUAAAUAUUAAUAUUAUAUAUACAACAAAAUAGUUGGCAACGCUGCGUCACGGUCUUCUGAUUGCUAGAAUCAACGAGAGCCUUCGUAAAAACGUAGUGAUAAGCAUUGUGCAAGCUUAUGAAUCACUCGUCAACGAAGCAAACAGCUGCUAAGCGAAGCCGAGCAACAGUCAAGCGUUGGCAACGAACAGGAACACACGCGAAGUUGAAAGAAACUUCAACCGAAAAACAGCAACAAUUUUGGUAAAUAUAGAAACUGUGCAAACAAACAACGUGCGGUGCAGGUGAUUUCACAACAAAAAAUCAGAAAACCAAAAGCAAUAACAAACCCAUUGACAUUUGGUGUACGUGUCAAAAAAUAAAGCAGAAGUUUUUUUGUGUAUACUCAUUUACAAACAGAGUAAAAACCAAACAAGUGUUGAAGUUCAAGAAUUCGUCAGCAAUUAAGUAAUUAAAACAUAUCAAAAACAACUACAACAAAAAGCUAAUUGAACACAACAUCAUUGCGAUGGAAAAAUCAGGUCCACCCGUCAACUAUCCGCGUAUGCCCGCCGAAAUGCAGGAGGCUACACACAGCGGCUACAUCGAUCAGCCACCAGCCGCACCGCCAUCCUACGACCAGGCGAUGCACACCGCUCCCUAUCCACCGGUGCAGGUGUUGCCCACACCGAGUAGCACUUCCGACGCCGCCAACCGUCCGUCCACACAGCAACAACAACCAGCACAAACACGCAUGAAUAAAACAACAACAAGUGCUGGUGGUAUUGGCGCUGGCGCACAGCACACCUAUGGCGGCAGCACACAGUACGGCGCCACCAGCGUGGGCGGCGCUGGUGGGGGCGGCGGUGUACCGCCACCACAUCACGCUUACAUGCCCAGCGCGUCAGCCGCGACGCAGCCGAUGGUACAACAACCUGUUGUAAUCAUACAACAACAAGCGAUUUUGCCCUUGGGGCCGGAGCCAACAUUUAUCACAUGUCCAGGCUGUCACGUUACAAAGCUGACACGCAUCGGCUAUGAACCGAAUGCUAGGACACAUUUAAUGGCGGCGAUACUGUGCAUUGUGGGCUUAUGGUGUUGCGUCUGUUUACCCUACUGUGCGGAGAGUUGCAUGAGCACAAACCAUUACUGUGGUAAUUGCAAUAAAUAUCUAGGCACCUACAAUGGCGGCGGGUUCUGAUGGGCUGGAGUUAUAAGCAUGCAGACACACAUAUGUAUAUGUUGACCUUCGACACUCGCCACGAAGUUUUUAAAACACUUUUAUUGUAUACAAAUAUAUAUAUAUAUAUAUAUAUAUGUGUAGUAUAAUAUUAUUAUAUUAAUUUAUUGUUAAACGAUGAAACUUUAAUUUACUUAAAUAGUGAAAAAUUAAAACAACAAUGUAUAUAAAAAGUUAACUGAACGAUUAUUUAUUAAGUGAUCAACAUAUGAUACAUAUAUAAGCUUCAUAUAUAUUUUAAAGCAUUAUAUACUAAAAAUGCGUAUAUGCAAAUAUUAUUUGAAAUAUUAGGCGGAUAAUUUAAAGCGAAAUGUUAUUUAUUUAUGUGUUUAAACAUUUGACUUGAAAUAUAAGUAUAAUUAAAAUGUUUGUUGCCAUGCUUAACAAUUAUUUCGCUGUCCAGAUUUCAUGACUUUAAAGAGUGAAUCAGAAAUACUUAGCCACUAAAUAAAAAACAGAGCUUUAUUUUUACCAUGGUAAUCAUUACUAAUGAUUAAUCUGUACUAAAAACAACGAAA